AUGGCCGUGGAUGGAGAUACUUUACGAGAGAUCAUGCUCCAUGCCUACGAUUUAGAUCUUAUCAACGGAGACUACGCUUUCAUCAACAUCAUCCCUUUUCGAGAUGAACAGUUGUUCGGGAACGACUCAUGGGAGCGUGGUGAUGAUCGCGAUGCAGAGGCCAAGGUCGCUUAUCAAGCUUUGAUGACGAUUCGUGUUUUUGAGCCUACGUCAGAAGCUUACCGAGAGUUCGAACAAAAUGUCAUUGAAAGGCAAAAAAGAGACUUUAAUAUCACUAAAUCCGACGCUGGCUCGAAUAUCUUCUUGGCUUCUGCAUUCUAUGACGUAAUGAUAUUAUAUUCAUUGGCAAUUAAUGAAACAAUCGCUGAGGGAGGAGAUGUAUAUGACGGUCAUGCUGUUACUAAGAAAAUGUGGAACAGGACAUUCGACGGGUUAUACGGAAAAGUGAAAAUCAAUGAGAACGGUGAUCGUGAUUCAGAGUACUCCCUUUGGGACAUGACAGAUACGGAGAACGGUACAUUCGAGGUGGUUGGUAACUUUUAUUUAACAUCAUCUGGAUUGAAAUACACACCAGUCCCUGGUAAAUCAAUUAAAUGGCCAGGAGGUGCAACUGGACCUCCGAGAGAUGCACCAUUCUGUGGAUUCUACAAUGAAAACCCUGAAUGUCAACCUGACGGGAGGCUUUCAACUCUUGCCAUUUCUGGGAUAGCUGCAGCCUCAGUGAUACUCUUGUCGGUUCUUAUCCUAGUCCUUGUAUACAGGAAAAUGCGUCUAGAUGCUGAUCUUCUUCGUAUGUCUUGGAAGCUGUCUUGGGAUGAACUCGUAUUUCCGGAAGAAACCAAAUCGGGACAGUCAAAGUUUUCUGGCUCUUUCGUAACCUCUAUUGGUCAUGGAACAUCACACCAGAGACAGAUGUUCGCCACUGUAGCUAACUUUAAGGGUCGACUGGUGAUGAUCAGGAGGAUUGAGAAAACAAAACUAGAUUUAACACGGGAUGUACUAAAGGAACUUAACUAUAUGCGUCAAGUGGAGCACAAUAACCUCGUUCGUUUUGUGGGCGCAUGCGUUGAUGCCCCAAACAUUUCAAUCAUUUCAGAGUACUGCCCCAAAGGAAGUCUUCAGGACAUCGUGGAAAAUGAUGCUUUACAACUCGACAAUAUGUUUAAGAAUUCUCUCAUUACUGAUGUUAUGCGUGGACUGCACUACCUACACAACAGUGUUAUCGUUCUUCACGGUAGACUAUCAUCAUCAAACUGCGUGGUCGACAGCCGGUUCGUUCUCAAGCUCACUGACUACGGACUCGCCAAAUUUAGAGACAUCGAGAACAGCGAAGAUCAAUCGGCAAAGAACCCACAGAAAAUGCUAUGGAAAUCUCCCGAAAUACUGAGAUCACCCGAUCAACAGCCAACUCAGAAGGGCGACAUCUAUAGUGUUGGUGUCAUUAUGCAAGAAAUCGUCACAAGAGCGCGCCCUUUCGAGGAAGAAAGAAACACAAUGGAAAUAGAUGAAAUCAUUAAGAAGCUGAAAGAGACGAGCCCGCCCUCUUUCCGUCCUAAGAUUGAUCCUCAACUGUGUACUGAUGAAAUUCGGUCCAUCAUACAAGCAUGUUGGCAGGAAAUACCAGAGAAUAGACCAGCUACUACGGAUUUACUGUCAAGCAUGAAGAAAAUCAACAAGUAUCUUGCUGGUGGAAACAUCCUCGACAACUUAUUGAGUCGCAUGGAACAGUAUGCCACUAACCUCGAAUCAUUGGUGGAAGAAAGAACAGCCGCGUUCUUAGAGGAAAAGAAGAGAUCAGAGACCCUACUCUAUGAAGUCCUACCAAGAUCUGUAGCCGAGCAACUCAAACAAGGGUCAUCAGUGAGUCCAGAGUCUUAUGAAAGUGUGACAAUCUACUUCAGUGAUAUUGUAGGGUUCACAUCCAUCUCAGCUGAUAGCACACCACUACAGGUCGUCACUUUGCUCAAUGACCUUUACACAUGUUUUGAUAGUAUCAUUGGAAAUUUCGACGUGUAUAAGGUUGAGACAAUCGGUGAUGCGUACAUGGUGGUGUCUGGUCUACCUAUCAGGAAUGGGAUUCAACACGUCAAGGAGAUUGCUUCUAUGGCACUGUCUCUAGUCAGGGAAGCAUAUAAAUUCAGAAUCAGACAUAAACCGGAAGAGAAACUCCUCCUCAGGGUCGGAGUUCACUCAGGUGCUUGCGUGGCAGGUGUGGUAGGUCUACGUAUGCCCAGGUAUUGUCUUUUUGGAGAUACGGUGAAUACAGCCUCACGUAUGGAGUCUACAGGCCAAGCAAUGAAAGUUCACAUUAGUGAGUCGACAAAGACUUUGCUUGAUACGUUCAAGACCUUUGAGACAGAACCCCGUGGUGAGGUAGUCCUGAAGGGUAAAGGCUCUCAACAAACAUAUUGGUUGACUGCCCAAGCAUCUACAAGCUUUACAACCCACUCCGUUCCUGAUAUUGAAGUCUAAGAAGAAGUAAGGGUGGAUCUAGGAUACCAAUGGGGGUGGGGCGGUGGGGGGGGGGGUCUGACAAACAAACAAAAUGCUUCUGUUUCCCAUUAGAUCUGCACCUUCUAAGUAGUUAUAAAAAAAGACAAAUCGUCAUUGAUUUUCCUAUAAUAAUUAGUAAUUCAAACAGCGAGCAUUUAAAAAUUCAUGGUAGGGGUAUUAGUUGGUGUAUGCCCCCUUUCUCAAAAUCACUCUUGAUCAUGGAUUAUUAUUAUUUUAUUCUUGAUUGAUUAUCCGCAGUUGAUGUCCGAAUGUAUUUACGUGUAUUCGUUACCUGUCAUCAAGUUCAUACAGGUGAGGAAAUUACAUUCAAGUAAUAAAUAACUUCCUUGAAUUCAUCCGCCUUCUGAGUGUAAAUGGGUCAAAGGUAUUACAACCAGGAUAGGCGCGUCUUUCAAUCUGUAUUUGAAGAUAUACAACUUUUAUCGCAAAGUCUUAUUCUAAUAUACAUUUUAGAUAAUUUGCUACGAAUGUGUUUUUUUUUUCAUACAAACUCUCACAGAAUUUAGGUCUAUACGUAUUCCACAAAAUCGAAGUAAUAUUCCCAUGAUUUCACUGGAUUUACAAUUCAAGCUCUGUAAAUAUUUUCCAUUAUUCGUGAGAGUGUAGAGAGAUUUGUGAACGUUAAAUCUUAAAUAUCAAAACUGUUAAAGGAAAAUUUAAAUUAUAUGAAGAUAUUGUGAUAUAAAACUCCUCAAAAAAGUUUGGAAAUCUGACUGUGAUCGAUAAUCCCUCCUCGGUUUUAUUGAAUAUUAAUGUGUGAUUGAUACAAAUUAAUAGAUCUUUUAAUUUUCUUUAACAUGAUACCCUACAUGAUAUGAUUAUGGUUUACAUGGAGGUGCAGUGCCUUGCAAUGUGGGGUAAGGUCAAAAUUAAAAAGUUGCAAAAUGACACAAUAUUGAAAGUCACUGUUCUUUUUUUCCGCGGUGAUGAGUGAGUUUCUCAGCAGUUUCUUUUGUUUUCAUGCACCUUAACAUCAACAUUAAUAUGGAAUCAAACACAUGUCUGCACAAGCAAGUACAUAACAAACAAACAAACAUGCUUGGGUAUUUCAAACCACGUCACAGAAACAUCACUACAUAAACCACAACAAAACAUAAAAAAUGAAGAAGCAGGGUCUUGAUUUGAAUGGAUUUUGUAUUGACACUGACAAAAGAAUCAUGUUCUUCUGCUCGUUUUGCAGCUUUUCAAUUCAAACCUCAUCCAACACUUUUUAAUUCUGCUCUUUUCGUGAGGGUAUGAUCAUAACAAGCAUGGUAUCAUUUUAAAGAGAAUUAAAUGAUCUUUUGUAUGCUAUCAAAAAUGCAUUGUGUAAAAUUGGGAGUUGGGAGAAAUUAAUGGCCAAACUCAGAUUUCCAAACAUUUAUGAGGGGUUUUAGUAAAAUAUCCGUUUCAUCAAAAACAUUACUUUCUCUAGUAGGUAAAUGUGGGGGCCAGUCCCAAUCUUUUUUUUUUUGCCUCCAUCAGCGCUUCGAUAUGUCUGAAGCAUGAAAGAAAGUGUCAGAUGUUUUAUCCGACAAAGUCUAUUUUAUCCGAUCGUUCCAACCGUGCCUAUAUGCCAAUCAAAAUUAAGGAAAGUUGUCGACGAAAUGCUGAUCAAACGAUCCAUCGGAGACUUUACAAUAAGGUUCAAAACCUCUUAAAAUAUCCGUUUGAUUAAGUGAAACGGCAUUGAUGUAAUGUGUAUCGAAUGAUAUUUAAUAUUUUUAUUUUUAAAUAAGUAAAUAAGUGAGCAAAUUCAAAUUCAUUUAUUUCACAUCUCUUAAAAACAUGGUACAAUACAAAGUAUAUACAAUUGAAGCAGGUAAAUGUGAAUUAAACUUGAGACUAUAAAUACAGUGUUAUAGAUGUAAUAAAUUUAAUAUUUGUGGUGAAUAGUACUUGCGUGCACGAAUAAUAAUCUCCACAUGAAAAGAAGGUAUCUUUGAAUCAUAGUGCGUCGUAGUAUUGUAAAUAAUUAUAUUUCCGUGAAAUGUGAAUCUAUUAGAAUAAGUAAUCAUAUCCCACUGUUAUUUGAUGUUUUGAUGUUAUUAGAAAAGAGUAAACGAAAUUAAUCAGACGUUUCAAAAUGAUCUUUCAGAAUGACACCCUGUAUUGCUGUAGUUUUACAUAAAAUACUGCUCAUUCAUUCAAGUAGUCAUAGAUCAUCAAUACUUUACCUUUAAAUAAAACAUAUUUAACUUGCCAAUUUAGGCAUUGCACUAUUGUUGAUUUCUGAUUUUUUUUUUUGAAAGAUGAUCAGUGAUUGCAUAGAAAUUUUGAUAUGUUACGAGUCGAUUCUAAAUUGCAUCAGGCACAUCAAAGCAUAAAAGCACCACUCCGUUCGCAGAUUGUGUGUACACUUUGAACAGUGUAAAAGUUAGUUUGUUAAAGUGCAACACCUAACUUAUUUCAUUAGAGAUGAUUUGGCUUUUAAUUGUAUUUGAGUUUAAAAUACUGUCCACUUUGAUUUAAUUGAUAGGUCUUAAUAAAUCUUAUAUAUUGUAAAUG